AUGUCACGUUCAAAGAAAAUAUUAGAUAUGUACAAAAAAACUGAUGCAGAAAGGCCUGAGCUUAGUGCACCAUUUUCAAAUGUUCCUACUGAUUAUACGAAAAAAAGUGUAAAUACUGACAACAAAGCUCACCUUUGCCUUCCGGUGCAGAAGAAAUCAGGUCAAGAACUAGCUGAUAUAUGGGAAGAAGUUCUGCAUGAAGAUGUGGGACCGAAGAAAUUACCUGCGAUAGCCCAAUACCGAAUGUGUCUGAUCCGUGCAGAGUUUACGCAAUCAACCUAG